GCGAGGCCUUGCUCGCCAGGCUUUGCAGAAGGGAGUGGGGAGGACAUGGCUGAAGGCAGCCCAGGCGGUCCGGCGUGCAGCGGGGUGGGCUGCGGGCAGGACCCGAUCCCCAGCAGUGGUGGCAGCAACUUCCCGGAGUACGAGCUUCCUGAGCUGAGCACGCGCGCUUUUCAUGUGGGUGCCUUUGGGGAGCUGUGGCGGGGCCGUCUGCGCGGGGCCGGGGACUUGUCGCUGAAGGAGCCGACGGCACCCGCACAGCCCGGGAGCCGAGGAAUCGCUGACUCCAACCGGGAAGAUGCCGCGGUAGCCCGGGAUCUGGGCUGCAGCCUGGAGGCGGCGGCCGAGCUGAGGGCGGUGUGCGGCCUUGAUAAACUGAAAUGCCUUGAGGAAGGUGAGGAUCCGGAAGUCAUCCCAGCGGCUACUGACCUGGUGACUUUGGGGGCUAGAAAGAAGUUCUUGGAGCAUCGGGAAGAAACCAUAACGAUAGAUCGCGUCUGCAGACAGGAAACAUUUGCGUAUGAGAUGGAGUCACAUGCCAUGGGGAAAAAGCCUGAAAAUCCAGCAGACAUGGUUGAAGAAGGGGAGCUUAUCCUAUAUGUGAACAUCUUGUAUCCUGUUAUAUUCCAUAAGCACAAAGAACACAAACCGUACCAGACGAUGCUGGUAUUGGGUAGUCAAAAGCUCACAGAACUGAGGGAUUCCAUAUGCUGCGUCAGUGACCUCCAGAUUGGCGGAGAGUUCAGCAACACUCCUGACCAGGCUCCUGAGCACAUCAGCAAAGAUCUAUACAAAUCAGCCUUCUUUUAUUUUGAAGGAACAUUUUACAAUGAUAGAAGAUUCCCAGAAUGCAGAGAUUUAAGCAGAACUAUCAUCGAGUGGUCAGAGUCCCAUGAUAGAGGCUAUGGAAAGUUUCAGACUGCUAGAAUGGAAGAUUUCACCUUCAAUGACUUGUAUAUUAAGCUGGGUUUUCCCUACUUAUACUGUCACCAGGGAGAUUGUGAGCACGUUAUUGUCAUUACCGACAUAAGGCUUGUGCACUACGACGACUGCUUGGAUAGGACACUUUACCCACUUCUGAUCAAGAAGCACUGGUUAUGGACCAGGAAGUGUUUUGUUUGUAAAAUGUACACAGCCAGGUGGGUGACAAACAAUGACAGUUUUGCACCAGAGGAUCCAUGUUUCUUUUGUGAUGUUUGCUUCCGAAUGCUCCACUACGACUCAGAAGGCAACAAACUGGGGGAAUUCCUUGCUUAUCCCUAUGUUGACCCUGGAACCUUUAAUUAAAGAUAGACCCUGCACACACACACCUCUACCAAAAAAUCUGGCACCUUUGUAACUGUCUACAUGGAUGAGUUCCUUUAUUCCCAUAAAAUGCCACUGUGGAACAGGAUCCACCAUGAAUAAUCAGCUAAAGCUACCCAAAAAAGUCCAAAUCACGUUUUCUUAUAAAGUACCUUGGUUGUAUUUAAAUGUUCAGACGUAUUUUGUACUUAUACUAAACACAUUUUUUAAUUUAGUUCUUUUUAUCCACUUUAAGUGGGCUGCUUAUCGUACUGCUGUGGAAGUGCUUUUAUACUCUGAAUAUAAAUCCCUUAUCAAUCUGUGACAUGCCUACUCAUUCUGUGUGUCCAGAGUGGUUUUUGUUAAUAGAAUUCAAUUAAUGAUACAUGAAGUGGAGGAAGUGUUUUGAAAAUUCUUUGAAGAAUUUGAGAGCUACAUGGUCUGAUUCUGCACCUCAUGGCUUCUAAGGUAAAGAUCCUUCAGUUAUCUGUAAUAAAAAUUUUAUUAUGGA